AUGGAGCUGCUGGACAAGAUCUGCCUGUUCGGCGCGCGCCACUGCUUCUACACGCAGUCGGCGGCGGCGGGCGCGGCCUACUGCUACGCGGCCGUGCUGGCCUACACGCUGUCGGUGAGCAUCCAGCGCGGGCGCCUGGGCGAGCACGGGCACGCGACGCACCUGCUGCCGGUCAAGCGCAUGCGCUGGUUCCCGACCUUCCUGACGUUCGCCUACUUCUCGCGCAUCGCGUGGCUCGUGCUGAGCAACAUGCACAUGUUCCAGUGGGUGGAGGGCUCGGCGCCCGACUUCCGCUACGAGCACAUGGUGUUCGUCACGCCGCUGCUGCCCACGGACAUCGACAUCUACGUGCUGGGCGUCACGUCCUUCGGCAAGCUGGCCACGCUGCUCUACUUCUCGGCCUUCACGCUGCUGCUGCGCUUCUGGGAGGACGUGCGCGCGCAGGCGCGGCGCGCCGAGAAGCCGCUGGCCAGGGUGGCCGCCAACCAGUCCGUCAUCGCCGAGUACACGCGCGGAGCCGGCGCGCAGCGGUCGGGCCGGUCCCGGAAGUUGUUCCUGGUGGCCAACGUCUGGAUCUACCUCGUCGAGUGCGCGCUGCUGGUGCUCAAGACGCUCUUCCCGGGGGAGAAGAUGGUGCUAUUUGAGAUGGAGUAUGGCUUCGUGGCUCUUUGCUUUUUCCUGCUGGCCGUCAUGCUGGCCCGCUGCGCGCUGCAGCUGCGCGCCGUGCUGCUUAAGAUCGAGUUCUCGGCCCUGGCCGCGACCAUCGCCGCAAGGCUCUCGCUCAUCGGUGCCGUGUCGUCGCUGCUUUUCUUCUACCGCAGUCUGCUGCUGCUGUUCUCCAUGCCGGCCAUCGACGUCUUCGACCCGCACGUGUCCAACCCGUGGCUGUUCUACGCGAUCCCGGAGCUCAUUCCGGGUGCGCUCGUGAUCUACAUGAUGAACGUCAAGCGGCAGCACCAGCCCGCGCCACCGGCCUGGGGCAUCACGAAGGCGGACGAGCAGACGCCGCUGCUGCAGGAGCUGCGCAGACUCUCGAACGACCUGCCGCAGUUCCGGGGCCAGGAGCUCCACAUCUAA